AGUGGGUCAGAAGCACACGUUGUGCUCAGGCAAUUCCAUGUGCCCACAUGGAUGAUUGGAGACUUAUUAGAGGACUCAAAACUCCUACAGCCAAUUUGUGCCAACUAUACCAAAAUGCUUUACCUCUUUACAAUUUACACACAUUCAAGAACAAAUACCAACCACAACAACAAACAAUGAAUCUCCUCUUCUUCUUCUUCUUCUUCUUCUAAGUUAGUUUUUUUGUUUUUGUUUUUGUUUUUCUUUCGGAGAAAUUUGAGAGAGACCCAGAAAAGUAUUUGAUCUCUAAAGUGAUUCCUUUAGAGGAAAAUAGUGAAAAUGAAGGAAAACAAUGAUGGGUUUGUGAGAGCAGAUCAGAUUGAUCUGAAGAGCUUGGAUGAGCAGCUUGAGAGGCACUUGAACAAGGUUUGGACAAUGGACAACAAGAACAAGAAGAGAGAAGAGGAAGGUAAUACUAAUAUUAAUAAUAAUAAUAAUAAUAUCAACGAUCUUCCUCCUCUUACAACCAUUAGUGCCAAGACUUCUUCUUUGUUGAGCCCUUUGAAGCAGAGGCAACAUUGGGAGAUUGAUCCCUCGAAGCUCCUCAUCAAGAGUGUUAUUGCACGUGGCACUUUUGGGACCGUUCAUCGUGGUGUCUACGACGGCCAAGAUGUCGCCGUUAAAUUGCUUGACUGGGGUGAAGACGGCCACAGGACGGAAGCUGAGAUUGCUUCACUAAGAGCAGCUUUCACACAAGAAGUUGCUGUAUGGCAUAAACUUGAUCACCCUAAUGUUACCAAGUUUAUAGGAGCAACAAUGGGUUCAUCAGAACUGCGAAUACAGACUGAAAAUGGUCAAAUUGGCAUGCCCACCAGCGUCUGUUGUGUUGUUGUGGAAUAUCUUCCCGGGGGUGCUCUCAAGUCUUUUCUCAUAAAGAACAGGCGAAGAAAGCUAGCUUUUAAGGUUGUCCACCAGCUGGCUCUGGAUCUUUCUAGAGGCUUGAGUUAUCUUCAUUCACAGAAGAUUGUUCACAGAGAUGUAAAGACAGAGAACAUGCUCUUGGACAAGACUCGCACUGUAAAAAUAGCUGAUUUUGGGGUUGCUCGUGUUGAGGCUUCGAAUCCAAAUGACAUGACCGGGGAGACUGGGACACUUGGUUACAUGGCUCCCGAGGUUCUCAAUGGCAAUCCAUAUAACAGGAAGUGCGAUGUUUACAGUUUUGGCAUCUGUUUAUGGGAGAUAUACUGCUGCGACAUGCCAUAUCCCGACCUUAGUUUCUCGGAAGUUACUUCAGCCGUGGUUCGCCAGAAUCUGAGACCAGACAUACCGAGAUGUUGCCCAAGUUCACUAGCGAACGUUAUGAAGAGAUGCUGGGACGCAAAUCCCGACAAGCGACCAGAGAUGGACGAGGUAGUUUUAAUGUUGGAGGCGAUCGACACAUCAAAAGGCGGAGGUAUGAUCCCCGGUGACCAGCCUCAGGGCUGUCUCUGCUUCCGCAAGUAUCGAGGGCCUUGAGGAUUAUUCUUCCUUCUUGGUGCUCAGAUAAACAACUGGUUUAGUGGUGUAUAAGUAUAUGAUUAUUCUUAGGAUCGGAAACGAUCCAAUCUGUAUCUAUGAUGACAAAGAUUAGAGUUUGGAUAUGUCAGAAACAAGUGGUGAAGAUUGCUGCUUUGUAUACACUGAAGAAAAACCCGAAAAAUACAUCUCGCAUUUUCUGAGGAUGUAAUGCCUUUGUUAGAAUUUCUUUUCUUGUCCUUUUUGUUUCCUUACCACCUCUUUUGUAAGAUUUUUCAUCACAUACAACAAUACUAUUGUAAUCAAAGUUGACCUUACCAUCUGCUCUCAAGGACUUGCUCUUUGCCUACUUGUGAAGUUCUUCUCCAAGGAAUUCAUUUUGCGUAAUUCGAGCACCUGAAGGUG